GGGGGCCUGAUUGCAGAGAGCGGGGCAGUUGCAUGAAGCGACUCGACCCCACGGAGCAGCGGCAGCAGCGGCGAACCCAGGCGGCGGCGGCGGCGGCGGCGGCGGCGGCGGCUGCGGCGCGCGGUCCGAGCCAGGCGGCCCCGGUGUCCCGGCCCCGGUGGAUGCACGGCUGGGGAGGAGCCCAUGGGCCGGAGCUGAGGCUGCCUGGGGCGGCGGGGCGCGGGGCAGGGGGCGCGGUCGAGGCCCGGAGGCGGCGGCGCAGGAGGAAGCGGAGGAGGUCGGGCGCUCGGGGCCCGGGAGGCGGGCCGCGCAGCGCCGCAGCCCCGGGCUCGCCAUGCUCCUGGCCUCGGCCGUGGUGGUCUGGGAAUGGCUGAACGAGCACGGCCGCUGGCGUCCCUACAGCCCCGCCGUGAGCCACCACAUCGAGGCGGUGGUCCGCGCUGGCCCCCGCGCGGGGGGCAGCGUGGUGCUGGGCCAGGUGGACAGCCGUCUCGCGCCCUACAUCAUCGACCUGCAGUCCAUGAACCAGUUCCGCCAAGACACGGGAACUCUCCGCCCAGUUCGCCGCAACUACUACGACCCCUCCUCGGCCCCUGGGAAGGGCGUGGUCUGGGAGUGGGAGAACGACAAUGGCUCCUGGACGCCCUACGACAUGGAAGUGGGCAUCACCAUCCAGCAUGCCUAUGAGAAGCAGCACCCCUGGAUCGACCUCACUUCCAUCGGCUUUAGCUACGUCAUUGACUUCAACACCAUGGGCCAGAUCAACCGUCAGACCCAGCGCCAACGCCGAGUCCGCCGGCGCCUUGACCUCAUCUACCCCAUGGUUACGGGGACCUUGCCUAAGGCUCAGUCCUGGCCAGUCAGCCCUGGGCCAGCCACCUCACCCCCCACCCCACCCUGCUCCUGUCCCCAGUGUGUCUUGGUGAUGAGUGUUAAAGCAGCCAUGGUCAAUGGCAGCACUGGACCCCUGCAGCCCCCAGUUACUCGCAAGAACAUGGCUCCUCCUGGAGUGGUCAAGCUGCCCCCACCACCAGGCCCUGGGGCCAAGCCACUGUACAGCACAGACACCAUUCAAGGCCCGAUAAAGACCGCCCCAUCCCAGAUGAUCCGGAGACAGGCCUCCAGCAUGCCUAGUGGGACAACCGCAGGCUCUCCUGCCAGCCCCCCAGGACCCAACGGCAAGACUGGAAGGGUGGCCCUGGCCACCUUGAAUCGUACCAACCUGCAGCGACUGGCCAUUGCCCAGUCCCGGGUGCUGAUCGCCUCUGGGGUCCCCACAGUCCCAGUGAAGAACCUAAAUGGCUCCAGUCCUGUCAACCCUGCCUUGGCAGGAAUCACUGGGAUCCUCAUGAGUGCAGCGGGGCUGCCUGUGUGUCUCACCAGGCCACCAAAGCUGGUCCUACACCCACCCCCCGUCAGCAAGAGUGAAAUAAAAUCCAUCCCAGGAGUUUCCAACACAAGCCGCAAGACCACCAAAAAACAAGCCAAGAAAGGUAAAACCCCAGAGGAAGUGCUAAAAAAAUAUCUGCAGAAAGUCCGGCACCCACCAGAUGAGGACUGCACCAUCUGUAUGGAACGCCUCACGGCCCCCUCAGGCUACAAGGGCCUGCAGCCUACGGUCAAGCCUGACCUAGUGGGGAAGCUGUCCAGGUGCGGCCACAUCUACCACAUCUACUGCUUGGUCGCUAUGUACAACAAUGGGAACAAGGAUGGGAGUUUGCAGUGUCCAACUUGCAAGACCAUUUAUGGGGUGAAGACAGGCACCCAGCCUCCGGGGAAGAUGGAGUACCACCUCAUCCCCCACUCCUUGCCUGGCCACCCGGACUGCAAAACCAUCCGGAUCAUCUACAGCAUCCCCCCUGGCAUUCAGGGACCAGAACACCCGAAUCCUGGGAAGAGUUUUAGCGCCCGAGGCUUCCCACGACACUGUUACCUUCCAGACAGCGAGAAAGGGAGAAAAGUGGGAAGCAGGUGUUUUGGAGGAAAUAGAGAAUCAACCACAUCGAGAUGUGCCAGUGCAGUGUUUCCAGAUUAAAAGUUGGGACAAUUCUUGAUACUGUUUGCCUUGAAGGGCCAGAUUUCUGUGCUUGAGCCCUGGAGCUAUAUCCCAACUGUUGGCAAAAUGUCUCCGCUGCAAAGUCCUGCAGUUACAACUAGAAUCCUGUUGUCAAGAGCUGCUUUUCUUCCAGGCCUCCCUCUUUAUAUUAAUGACAUACUCAGCAUCCCUGGUACCUAGAUGGGCACACUAACCUUCUUGGACUCCUGUUCUUACCCAUUGCAUCCGUUUAGCUCAUUCCUCCCCACACACUCACUGCCUUCCAAACCACUAGACUCCUCUUCUAACCCUGCCACCACCAAAGUAUAUAAGACUUCUUCAUCUUUUAUCUGCUGCCAGAUUAGGUAUCUCAAAGAGUUUUUAGAAUCAAGGUUUUUGUGUGUAAAAGAAAUAAAACAAAGAGAUAACAAAGUGCAGUCUUCUUACAUUGACAUAUAAAACCGACUGCAGUGUGGGUUAAACUUUCUCCUCACACUAAUUUCCCAUCCUUAUCCUUCACAUCUGCUGUUCCAGUACGCUAACCUUGGGCUUCAUUGUAGAUUGAGGUAUGAUUGGAGGAUAGGCUUUGGAGCCAGACCAGCCUGGGUUCAAGUCCCAUUUCUGUCAUUUACUAGCUGUGGGAACUGGCAUGAAACUUCAUGUCUUGAAGUCUGUUUCCUAAUCUGUAAAAUAGUGGUGAUAAUUUCCAUCUGUAUGGACAAGAUGUUGGAAAAAUGAAAUGAAAAUAUCUUUUGUAAAAUGCACAGCAUAGAGACAGCAAUUGUAAUUUAUCCAUGCCUUGAGUUUAUAUUUGUUUACUAUGUCUACGCAUUCUUCUCUAUUGACAUACCUCAAAUCCUUCCCUUCCCUUCCUUUACUACUCAGCUCAGAAGCAGCCUCCUCCAUGAAUUCUAUACUGAUUCCUAUCUGGGAGUCAACAGAGUGGUGAUUCAGACCAUGAGCUAUGGAGUCAGGCAGUCCUGAAAUCAGUCCCCUAACCCCACAACCCCAUCCACUUACUAGCUAUGAGACCAAAGCAAGUCUUUAUCUUUUGAGCCUCUAUUUCCUUGAGGGGGAUAAUGAGAGUACAGUUAUUUGUCAUUUAAUGACAGGGAUAUAAUUAUCAUUAGACAGCUUCAUCAUCAUACAAACAUCACAGAGUGUACUUACACAAAACUAGAUGGUAUAGCCUAUUACACACCUAGGCAAUAUGGUAUAGCAAAUUGCUUCUAGACUACAAGCUUGUACACCAUGUUAUUGUACUGAAUACUAUAGGUAGUUGUAUAAUGGUAAGUAUUUGUGAAUCUAAACAUACCUAAACAUUGAAAAGGUAUAGUAAAAAUGCAGUAUAAAAGAUAAAAGUGGUAUAUCUGUAUAGGGCACUUACCAUGAAUGGUACUUGCAGGACUGGAAAUUGUUUUGGGUGAAUUAGUGAGUGAGUGUGAAGGCCUAGGACAUUGCCGUACAUUACUAAAGACUUUGUGAACACUGUACUCUUAAACUACACUAAAUUUACAUAAAACUACUUUUCUUUCUUCAAUAAUAAACUAAGCUUAGCUUAUUGUGACUUCCCCAUUUAUAAACCUUUUAAUUUUUUUUAACUUUUGACUUGUUUGUAACAACACAGCUUAAAACAGAAACAUAUUGUUCAGCCAUAGAAAAAUAUUUUCUUUAAUUCUUAUUCUAUAAGCUAUUUUAUUUUUAAAACUUUAUUUUUUUUUAUUUUUACUUUUGAAACUUUUUAUUUAAAAUUAACACAUGAACAUAUACAUUAGCCUUGACCUACUCCGGGCAGAAUCAUCAGCAUCACUGUCUCUCACCUCCAAAUCUUAUCCCGCUGGAAGGCCUUGGGACGAAUAACAGGAAUGGAGCUGUCAUCUCUUAUGAUAACAAUGCCUUCUUCUAGAAUACCUCCUGAAGAAAUUCCCUGAGGCUGUUUUACAGUUAACGUUUUCUCAAUAAGUAGGCAUGCACUCUACAAUAAUGAUUAAAAGUACAGCAUAGUUAAGUGGUAGAGCAAUAGGAAUUUCUCAGCUCUAUUGUAAUCUAAUGAGAUCACUAUCGCAUAUGUGUUUAGUCAUUGACCAAAAUGUCACUACGUGGCACAUGGCCAUACCUAUAUCAUCUUAUUACUGUAACGAUUACAUGUCUCAUUGCCCAGCACUUAGAAAGUACACACUCAGGAAAUAGCAGCUCAUAUUUCUAAUGUCUGCUUUUAUUAUUACUAAUACUAUGAUGGUUUCCUCUCCUCCAGCCCAUACCAUGUUUAUAGUAGUUCAGUUUUGAACCCAAGACAUUUUUAUUGGAUGCUUUUUCUUCAUGCUGGACACUACUCUGACCAAGGCCUGGAACAGGGCAUUAGGCAUUAGUCUUGCUCAACAAACAUUUUUAAAAUUUAACUGAUUUAGAACAUUCUACAGGCCCCAAAACUUUCUUUGAGCCUCAGUUUUCUCACCUACAGAAAAUCAAAGUGCUCCAAGAUGUCACUAGAGAAAUAUUGCACAACGUCAGCUUUGGAUAAAUUAAUACUACAUUGAGGUAGUGGUAUGGUAAUGAAUCUCAGAUCAUAAGCGCCUUCACCUCCUAGAUUCUAUCUUUCAAAAUGCAGCCAUUAUGUUAGCAGAUAACAUUUAUCAAGUAGUGCGUUGUAGGCACUGGUGUGAAAAUACUUUUCAUGUAGUACCCAGUAAGAUGUUCACAACCUUCAGAGGCAAAUUGUACCAUUGCCAUUUCAUAAAUAAGAAAGUUAAAGUUCAGAGACAUGCUAUAACUUCUCCAAGGUCACACAGUUAUUCAGUGACAGCGCCAGAGCUCAGCCUCUAGCUCCCAAACUCCAAAUCCAAAUCUCUUUCUUUCCCUUGGGCUACUGAGAGCAUCAUGAUGCAGGAAGGGAUGGGACCCUUGGGCUUACUCUCUACCAAAGGAUUAGUGCUUGAUCGCCCAUGAAUGCCUGCCUUUCAUGUCCCACCUUUGUCC